CAAUUCGGUUUUAACCUCACUAAUCUGUCUAACCUAAAAAGUCGAUAUUUCGGUUUUGCCAUACAAAAUUAGGAUUAAACUCACAACCGAGGAUGUCCAAUAGUCAUUUAUUUCUAAAACCGGCCUUCAUAAGAACCCCCGGUCAAAACGGGGUCGGCCGCUAUAUUUGCCAACUCCAGAGGGUCGUCCUGAAGUUCUGUAUGAGCAGCGGAGCCAGCAGAGGAAUGAGGGAAUUUAUUGAGACCAGGUUAAUAAACUUUGUAAAUGAGAGUCCAGAAGUGGCCGUUUAUAUGAAACCAAGAAGGCACAGGACCCCCAUAAUCAAGGCUGAAUACUUAAAUGGAGAUACUCAGUGGGUAAACGCAAGAAACUUCACCGAAGAAGAGGUUUUAAAGUGGCUGAAGCUUUUAAAAUCUCAAUCCACCGAUAGGACUGGCAUAAGGUUGAGAAAACUGUUACAUACUGAUCAUCCGUCCAUACAAGGACCUUGGACGCCAUAUACAUUUAGAGAUCCCAAGUUGAACUUGGCCACAUUCCCUGAUGAAAACUUGUCAGGACCCGAAUUAUUUGAAAAAUCUGCCACUGAGCAACUCAUGGAAAUGUUUGAAAAGCAAAAAAUUGCGGAGUUAGAAGGCAAAAGGGCUGAAUAAAGUGUGCGAUAGUUUUAAUUUAUUAUAUAUCAGUAGUAAAUAAAAUACAAUUAACUUUUUAUUGUUUACCCAAAUACAUAAUAAAAAGAGUUUUUUUAAAUAAAAAUUUAA